AUGAUCUACUUGUAUGAUAGCUAUGGUUCUCCAUCAAGCCUGGCUGAGGCUGAGAACUCCACGGUCAUCUCCCUGGAGGAUACCAACGAGGACGAGACCCCUGGAACCCCCAUGGCAGUUGAGACUCUGGUAGAGCCGUCAGCUGUGACUCACGCGCCAUCACUGGACCCUGGAAUCAGCAGCUCUUGUUCAGCAGGUUCAAGCCCCAGGAAUGUUGCUGCCAAGAAGUGGUACCAGAUCGACUUCAGCCCCACCGCCUUCUGUAGGAGGGUCUUCCAGUCUGUGUGCUCAGAGCCACACGCAUGGGAGGACUUUGCUGCUGAGAAAAGCCCCAGAAACAGCGACACAAAACAUAAGAGUGAGGAAAUGAAGGAGGAAAUGUGCAGCAAAUGCGAUUCAGACCGUGGCUCUACGCAGGAGCCUAUCGUGGACCUGCAGGUGCGGAGAGCUGAUCAGUCAACGGUCACUAGUCCAACUUCCACUGCUUCCAUUGUUGUAUCCUGCUACAAGGAUGGAGAGCCCUCUGCUCCCAGAGGGCCUGUGGAUGAGGCUGAUCAUGGCCAAUGCUGCCCCAUGCCUCUUCUCCCACACAUUCCGGUUGGUGAUGGUGUCUACAGCUGCCCUCCUGGCACCACCAGCCAACACACGUCUCCCACCGCCUGGCCCAGUGGCCACAGAGGGUCUGGAGACUCGGAGCAAGGCGGAGGCGAUCCAUCAGGAACUGGGAUGGGGACAGGGUCGAGGCUGCUGGCACUAUAUGAGAUCCACGAGGAGAUUGGAAGGGGCUCUUUUGGGGUGGUCAAGCGCGCCACCUGCCGGCACAGCGGAGAGAAUCUUGCUGCCAAGUUCCUGCCUCUGAGGGGCAGCGGACGAGCCAGGGCUCUCCGGGAGAGGACAGUGCUGGGCCGCCUUUCCCACCCUCGGCUGGCUUGCUUAAGGGACCACUUCUGCACCCGGCGUACCCUGGUGCUGUUCAUGGAGCUCUGCUCCAACAGGGCGCUGCUUGAGCACCUGGUCUCCAAAGGCUCCGUGACGGAAACGCAGGUCAGGAUGUAUGUUCACCAGGUGCUGGAGGGACUAGAUUACAUUCAUCACAUGAACAUCCUCCAUCUGGAUAUUAAACCUGACAACAUUAUGGUGGCCCUAUCGGAAAGGGAAGAGAUCAAGAUCUGCGACUUUGGCUUCGCUCAGGAGGUCAACCCAUCCCUGGAACAGUACAGCCAGUACGGCACCCCAGAGUUUGUGGCCCCUGAAAUCGUAUGCCAGCAGCCUGUUACCAAGGCAACGGACAUCUGGUCUCUGGGCGUCCUUGCUUAUCUUUGUCUCACUGGGCACUGCCCGUUCUCCGGAGAGAGUGACCGUGCCACCUUGAUGAGGGUGCGAGAGGCCCAGCUGCCCUGGGAUGCCCCCCAUGUGGCCUGCAGAAGCACACAGUGCCUGGACUUUCUGCAGUGUGUCCUGCAGGCUGACACUGUAGUUCGGCCAAGUGCCGCUGAAUGCCUACAGCACCUGUGGUUCCAGACCAAAAUGGAAGAUAAGGAAUCCAAUAAAAUCAAUUCCAAGACUCUGAAGUUCUUUGUUUCAAGGAGUAAAUGGCAGUGCUCACUCACUUGCUACGGGUCGAUCCUUGUGCUGCGCCCCAUCGCAGACCUGCUGGCAGCACCACCGCAGGAGACUUCUUUAGCCUCAUCACGGAGUCAUCGUGGCCAUGGUAAUGUCUCCUCCAGUAGUAGUUCCUCCUCAGAAUAUGAUGAGGUGGACAGUUGGGCAACACCGACCUCCACGCCCUAUCUACACAGAGAGGAAGAAGAGCCGAAGGAUUUCACUGGGACCAAAAGCCCAGAAAUCUCUGGGAGCACAGCAGCUACAAAACUCAUGAGCCAAGAAAAAGAGUCUCAUGGGGAAACACUGAAUCAAAAGCUUUCAUUGGACCAAAAAGGCUUCAGUAGACCCAGUGUGGCAUUUGAGCCAGCAGAGGCAGCAGAGCUCCAGCAGGAGUCACAACAGGUCUCCAGCAAACUCGCCCAGGAAGGAUCCCACCAGGCAGUAUUCACAGAGGACAGAUCCACCAGGCAGCUCAUUCCCAGAGAAAGCCUGAUCAGGAGCACCUUCCACCGCAGCUUGGAGAGCCUGGAGGAGCUUUCCCCCUUGUCCGCACGUCGCUUGUUGCUGCGACAGAAGUCGCUCACCAAAAGGCAUGAGCGAAGCAGGUUGCGCUUGAGCAGUAGUCUCUCUGGCCGGCUGGAUGAGCCACUUGUCGAGCAGAUGGAGGACACCCCAGAAGCAGACUUGUCCCGGAGCCAGAGUUUGAGCUCACUGAGCAAAUCCUCUUCACUAGACAGUGGAGACAGAGGUCCUCAUUCCAGCAGGUGGAGGAAUAGGAAGAGCAGAUCUCUGGAUGAAUACUCACAAAGGGCCCUUUCUGUGCCUGAGCUCAGUGAAGAUGUGGAGCAAGUGGAAGAUAGGAAAGAAAAUGGAAAGAAAUGUGUGGAUGUCCUCUCGAACAGAGUGGCAGAGUCAGAGGGUUCAAGCCCAGGAAAAGACUCAACCCAAGAGAGGGGAAAAACCCUUUCCUGGAGGGUUCAUUCUGAUGAAGCCAUGAGGACUGAAACCCUGCAACACUGUGAGAAUGUGAGCAACAGGGACAGGGCCUCAGGACUGGCUGUUGAUGAGCUUGAUGAAGGAGAGAAUAGUCAUUCUUCUGAAGGCAGAUCAGGGCAAGAAGUUCACAGUGCAAGCAAAGACGAACCAAAGAGCAGAGAACCCUCUUCUUUAAAUCCUCUGUUUCUAGAAGCCGCAACGCCUGUUUCCAUGGUGCAGGACGUCUCUGAGUUGCUGGCAUCCUGCUACAGCCUAGAUCCCCUUGAGAGACCUGCCAGGAGUGACAUGCGAUUUGUGGCUUUGGAAAAGCUAGAGGUAGAGAACAGGCUUCCCUUCCCAAAAAUUCACAAAGCCAGGUCAGACAGCAGGAUCUUGAAAGGACACCAUUUGGUGGCUGUCAAGGUGCACAGUGGUUUUUCAUAUGAAGAACCAUGCAAGGAAUACGAGUCUCAUCGCCAUCAUUCUCUUACUGAGCUUGAUGAAGCAGUUGUGGCCACUGAAGACUACAAUGGAACCAAAGAUGUGUACCAAGAACCUUUUCCACAAGAUCCUCAAGACAAAGCCUCAUGUGGCUCUAUGUCCACUCCCCAAGUUUUUUUCACAGUGCCUAAAAUGGUGGUUACAUCUUCAAAAUCGGACUAUGGGCCAGCUGAGUCAGCCAUUGAGGCCUUUUCAAGCCACCUAGAAGACAAGGAUUCAAGUGGUUUUCUUUCUGGCUCUCAGCAUUCUUUCUUUGAACCAAAUGUUCUAGACAGAGAUUUUGAAACCUCUUAUAGCAAAUUGGAGUUUGCUGAAGAAGUCCACCCUCUCCACCAUCUGGAUGUGCCCGUGGGCCAGGAUGAUUCUGAGGAACCCAUGUUCCAGAGCUCUUCGGUAGAGAUUUCACCACAUAUUCGCUCGAAGGAGCCCCAGUCUGUGGAAACUGCGCUGGUUCCAUACCUCUUGGAUAGGAACCGCCAGCUUACCCAGGAGAAGCAGUUGGGGGGCAAUAGGAGCACAGACAAAGAUGAGGCCGAUGUUCUUUCUGGAAAUGUUGGGCUGCUUACCGUCCCAUCUGAAGAAGAGCUGCACCCACAAAUGUCCACUUCGCCUCUCGAGGGCAAGUCUGUGAAACUGGGACUCUUGCGGUUCUUCCGCAGGCAGUCGUGGACAGGGCAGCCGUCUGCUCCCGUGGAGAGGGUGGUGCGCAGACAGGCCUCUGAUGGAGAUUCUCCUGAUUCACGGCAGCAGGAGCCAAACAGGACCCUUGACCUGUCCAUCACAAAGAAGGUGAAGACCUCAGUCUCCAGCAUCUCUAAAGCUGUGCUGGGCAAACAGCCCAGUAAAGAGGAGAAACAAGAAGGAGCCUCCUCCACACUUCAGAGAACGCAAGAGGUGGGCACUGAAGGUCCAGGCUCAUCAAGGAGAACAUCUGCCCUCUUCCCCUUCAGACUGCCUGGGUUCAAGAGAAACAAAGAACCUGUAUUCCUUCAGGAGCUCACAGACAAGGUGGUGUCCCUGGGUCAGAAGGUCACCCUUAGGUGCCGAAUCACAGGCCACCCAACCCCAGAAAUUCACUGGUAUAAGGAGGCAAGAAGACUGAAGAGUAAUAACCGUCUCCGACUGGCCGCCGUGGAUAGAGAACAUCUGUCUCUGACUAUCUUCUCUGCUCAAGAAGAGGAUCUGGGCAGCUACCGCUGUGUGGCCAGCAGUGCCCUGGGCCAGGUGUCCACCUCCUGCACCUUGAUCGUGUCCGAGCUUCCGGCAUCCCCGAGCUGUCCUGAGAUCUACCCCUUGCAAGGAGAUGGGUUUUUGCUGCUGUGGCCCCCUGUGGAUGCUGUUGCAAAGCUCAUCUAUUGCAUCGAACACAGUAGCGCUGGAGGUGGGUGGAGCCUGUUGGCCACUGGCGUGGCCGACAGCUGCUACAUAGUGAGCAACCUGGCCAGAGGGCCAGAGCACCGGUUCCGGGUAGCCUGCCUCACCACAUCUGGAACCGGACCUUUCAGUGAGCCUUCGGCACCUGCCGUCAUCGGGUUCGAUCCCCAAGAGCCCCAUGUUCCGCUCAUCUCCAUGGACACACCGUGGCCCUCGGGGAGCAGCAUCACAGGCCCAAGCUCAGCCCCCCCCUCUUCCUCCACACACAGCACCUACAGCUUCCUGUCGGAGAUCAGCAGGGGGCGCUUCAGUGUGGUGGCAAGAUGCCGUGAAUUCCCAAGCGGAAGGCUCUUUGCUGGAAAAAUCACACCCUUCACGGCGGAGCGACGUCAGUGGGCGCUGCAGGAGUACCGGUUGCUGAAGAGGCUGCAUCACACCCACCUGGCUGAGCUGCACUGUGCGCUCAUCUGGCCGCGCCACCUGGUCUUGGUCCAAGAGCUCUGUUCCGGCCGAGAACUGUUGCACCACCUGGCAGAGCGGGACCUGUACGGCGAGAUGCAUGUGCAGGAUCUUCUGCGGCAGAUCCUCAGCGCCACACAUUACCUGCACCGCAGCUGCGUCGUGCACCUGGACCUCAGGUCGGACAACAUUCUAGUGGGCGAGGGCAACCGGGUGAAGGUGGUGGACCUGGGCUCAGCGCAGAGCUUCUGCCCAGGCGAGUCCCUUCCUGGAGAAAAGCUGCAGGAUUUCACUGGGAGUCAAGCUCCCGAAGUGGCUGAGGGACAGGGAGCCGGUCCGGAGGCUGAUGUCUGGGCCAUUGGUGUUCUCACCUUUAUUAUGCUGAGUGCCGAGGACCCCUUCCGACCCCCACCCCACCCGGAGAGAGAGAGCGCUUGCGGGGGGCGCCACAGCAAGCAGGGAAAGGUGCACUUUGGGCGCUGCUACAGCAGUCUGUCCGAGGGAGCUCUUGCUUUCCUGAGGAGGACUUUAAGCAGUAAACCCCGGGCAAGGCCCUCUGCUGGAGAGUGUCUACAGUUGCCAUGGAUACAAGGGGCACGCCAAGCAACCAAACACCGGGACAGUGUGGUGUGCUUCCCCACAGACAAGCUGCGGGCCUACCUGCAGGUGCAGGAGAGCACACGGGAAUACAGUAAAACCAGGCUGGAGGUCCCUCUGGUGGAAGGAGAUCAAAGCUCAGUGAGCCGGCCAUGAAAAACAUCUUUGCUGACCACCCAAAGUUACUGUGGUGAUUUUUUUUUUUUUAAAAAA